ACCUAGGAAAAAGAAAAGGGAAGGGUGAAAUGAAAUUUAUAGUCCUUGUAGUUUCUCCAAUUUUUCACCUUGGUCCAUGUAGUUCCAAUAUUUGCAAUUAAGGGCCUCUGGUUUAAUCAAGUUUGCAAUCGACUCUAAUUCGUUAAGUCUGUCGAACGAGUUGACCGAAAGAUGACGUGUUUAGCAAAUGGAAGUGUUUUCUGCCUGACCCAAAUUGUCUAUGUUAUCCCUGCAAGUGCUAAUGUAUUGCUCUCGUUAUCUUUUCAUCCUUGACAAAUUUAAUGCAUUGUUGUUGAUUUCCAUUUAAGUAAGCUAAUGUCUUUAUUGCCAAAUUGAAACUACAUGGAACAAAGUAGAAAUCAAGAAUACUAUGAGAAUUAUGCAUGUUAUUUGGCCAAAAAGAAAAACCGGCAGUAACCGGCCAUUACUGUCUCCAAUGCAUCUUUUACUUUGCCGUUUUUCAUCAAAAAUAUUCUUUUGCUUAGUAACGUACAUACUUUUGUCAAAGGUCCGCGACUUUGGUCGAUACAGAAUACUUUCCUAAUUGACGUGUCAGAGUCUUAUCUUUAUAAGUCAUAGCUAAUUCAUAUUUGGUAAUUGGGAUUCUCUAUUCAUUAAGAGGCUAUCUGGGCCUUGCCAAAAUCUUUCUCAUUUAUUAUUUUACCUAUCCCAGUCCUCUCAACUGUGAACGAGUGCAUUCAAGGCUAGAGAUAUUAUGCAUUUGUCAAGUUUUGUAUGGUUCAGGUUAGGGAAUGUCAAAUGAAAAUGACUAGAGUCUUUGAUUUGUCCAAAUCAAGCAUUGCCAUUACAGUGAGUUCUGUCUUCUCUAUGGACGGCCAACAAGACAAUGCUAUUCAACCAUUUGAUGAAGCAUGGUUUGAUGUGGCUAAUCCAUGUGGGAAAGAAUUUGAACUGCCAAAUGCCUCUUCUCCUAUCCACCCACGAUGGAGUGACAAAAGCAACAACUUGGUUUUCUUGCAAGACCAACAGCUUCAUACUCCAGAUAUACUUGAAAAUUCUUAUGACCUGGAGACAAUCAGACCUUGUGCUGGAAAUCAAGUGGAUUCUUGUCCAAUCAUGGAAAUGGGGACUUCAAUAGCCAACUUUGUUCCAGUAGUCAAUCCACAAGAAGGUACUUCCAUAGGUAACCACAAGGUCCACUUUCCUAGAUCAACUGGUGUACUUAAAUCUGAAUUUGAGGGUGCCUUUCCUGAGGUGAAUCAACAUGUUUAUGCGCCCACCUCUGCUAGCUAUUCUUGGAAGGGAGUAGAUAUUAAUUUUCCUUUAAGAAAUCAAGAGUCUCAUGCCGUUAACUCUACCAAUUCACCGUCCAUUAGUUCAACCAAGUCCUUGUGUUUGAAAAACAAUCCAACCCAUGCUCCCAGAUUUCCUAAUACAUCUGGGUUUGGCCCAAGUGUCUACAUCCCUCCUAGUAAACAAUUAACUCACUUCUGUACUUCAUCAAAUGCAUUUCGAUUAAAUUCAGAUGAUUACAUCAUCAAAGAUCAUGUCUGCUCGGGAUUCCACUUUACUAUCCUCGGUCUAAUUUCUAGCUCUGGAUCCUCAUCUUCUUUAGGAUCAAGUGGCUGUCACCCUGUGAGAAACCAGGAAAUCAGAUCUUCUAGCUUCACUGAUUCACCAUCCUUACAAAAUGGCUUGUCUGUUCGGUCGAAUCAAGUGGCUUACAAAUUUGGGGGUAGUGCAAAUGGGGACAUAAAUCAUGGUCUAAGCCACCUUCAGGCUGUUAGCCAUGGUACAGGAAUUACAUCAAAUGUGCCUGUCCCAGUGGAAAACCAAGUAGAAACAUCAACCCAAGCUCCUCGGUCUAAUUGUCACAGUUCAGAAAAGAACCAAACUUUUGGUCCUAGCUCAUUGAAGAAUGGCCGCUGUGAUGUAAAAUACACAUGCAAGAUCUGUAAGAGAGAAUUCCCUAAUUAUAAUUCCUUAGGAGGGCAUAUGAGUUUUCAUGCAAAGAUGAAAAAGGCAAAGAGAAAAUUGGACGGCUAAAAAGAUGCCUUGCAUAUACUCCUUUGGGUCAAGUAAUGUAUCAAGGGCCAAAGAAUUGUCUUCGCCUAGGAUUGAGCAUAAUGGAGGCCUGACAACAUUUUAUCCCUGCCAGCACAAUCCUUCUAUAUGAAUGUUUCGUUCAAGAGUGUUACUCUGCAGAUCUUAAUCUCAGUGGACAUAUUUUUCUUAGUUUUUUUUUUCUUGUCCUUAGAUUUAAUGUAGGACCUUGAUGUGAAGUAACUUUAGCUCUUUCCUUAAUUGAGCAAUCAUUUUUCGCUUUUCCCUUUUUGGUUUAAGUCCAUCUCAAUGUGGUUUGUGUGGAUGUGAAGUUAAAAAUCAAAUUAUUUGCAAUCAUUGAAUGCUGGUUUUAUUUACUAUCCUUAGAAGAUUUCAGAUAAUGUAUGUAUUCUUGACAUUGAUUGGUUUCAAAAUUAAACCAUCACCAUGAAAUCGUUCUAGAUUCAGUUUCCAGUCAGUGCUUUGAACUUCAUAUCUCCAUAUAUUAUGAGAAAGUGCAUACUUUGUUGUAGAUUUGAGUUGAAUUCAUGGUAAUCUCGACUACUUAUGUAACGGCUUGAUUGAUUCAGGACCAAAGUAAUAAACUAUAUAGCUGAUAUUGCUGUUGUUACUUUGUUACAAUGUAAUUCUGUACUGGUAGUAGGUGUGCAUUCUGUUUAAAAUUAUGGAUAAUCUAUCGUUAUGUCACAUUAUGGAGCCCUGUUAUUGACAUAAAAUGCAUAUUCCAUGAUAGUUGUAGUAGAAUGUUGGUCAUAAACUCAUAAUUAAGACAGGUUCGGUCAUUGUAUCUCUCUGGCAAUUCAUACAUGUCUUAUGUUUUCUAGUUUUAAAACUAUUUAUAGUGUUCACAAGAUUAUCUUUCGAGUGCUCUUAUAGUGUGGAUUAUGACAUUUUUCUCAAAGAAUUAAUUAAAUUUCUGUGUGUGGGUUCUGUGCAAACUUUAGGUCUCCAAAGAUUCAGAAAUAAAGAUUGGUUCAAGCAGAAGCCAUCUUCCCAGUAGUCAUAUAAAAAGCUCAAAAUGCUCACUGCUUACUGCUAUUCCAGUUGUAGAGAUUUUUUUUUUAUGUCAGGAAAAGAAGUAGCCUUAUUUUUUAACCACUCCUGUGUUACCAUCUCUGUGCUUUGUUGUAUGUGUUGUUUAAGCAAUUGUGAGAUACUUUUGUGAGCCA